GACAGUCAAACGCGAGUGGAGUGUCGACGUAAAAUUGUGAAGGAAAAGAGAAGAAUAUGAUUGUCAAGCAGCACUUGAUCUUCAUCCUUUACAGCCUCUGUGCAAGCAUCUUUAAAGUGUCUGGGACGAAAAGCAAAGCAAAAGGUGGCCAAGGUCAGUUCCCCAUAACUCAGAAUGUGACGGUGGUGGAGGGGGGCACAGCCAACAUGACCUGUCGUGUGGAUUACAAUGAUAACACUUCCCUCCAGUGGUCAAACCCUGCACAACAGACCCUAUACUUUGGGGACAAGAAAGCCUUGAGGGACAACAGAAUUGAGCUGGUGCGAGCCUCGUGGCAGGAGCUCACCAUCAGAAUUAGUGACGUCAGCCUGUCAGACGAGGGCCAGUACACCUGCUCACUCUUCACCAUGCCUGUCAAGACCACCAAGGCCUUCCUCACCGUUCUGGGAGUGCCAGAACGACCAGAGAUUACAGGAUUCACCAAGCCUGCGUUGGAGGGGGACUUAAUCACCCUGACAUGCACCACAUUGGGUAGCAAACCAGCUGCCAACAUCCGGUGGUUCAGAAAUGACAAGGAAGUCCAAGGCACUAAGGAGGUGAAUGCCACAGGAAAAUCAUUCACAGUGAGGAGUACCCUCCAGUUCAAUGUGGACAGAGGAGACGAAGGAGUCGCCUAUACCUGCAGCGUGGAGCAUGUGUCUCUGUCCAAUCCCUACAUGACAACUGAGGUCCUGGAGGUCCACUAUGCUCCCUACCUGAAGAUCACACAUUCACUGGUAUUUCCACAGGAAGGGCAAUACUUCAAAUUGGAGUGUGAUUCCAUAGGCAACCCGAAACCUGAACCAGUAUUCUGGUCUAAAGAUGGAGGAGAGCUGCCAGACGUUGAGCGUAUGAUCGUGGAGGGCAGAGAACUAACUAUCACCACACUAAAUAAAACAGAUAAUGGCACGUACCGCUGCGAGGCCAGCAACCACCUCGGGACCAGCAGUGCUGAAUAUGUACUCUUUGUAUAUGCCAAAGACUUUCCAGGGCCCACAACAGAUCCUAAUGCUUUAGGACAACAGGGACCUGACCAUGCUUUAAUCGGUGGCGUCGUUGCAGUCGUGGUCUUUAUUACCUUGUGUUUGAUAAUCGUUCUUGGACGAUAUCUGGCCAGACAUAAAGGGACAUAUCUAACACAUGAGGCCAAAGGAGCAGAAGACGCUCCUGAUGCAGACACAGCUAUCAUCAACGCUGAGGGAAACCAUGUGCAUGCAGAGGAAAAGAAAGAGUACUUUAUUUAG